AUGUCCGAAUACAAGGACAGUGUCUCUCAUGAGAAGGAGAUCACCACCUCGUCCGAUGGCAGCAUCAAGCCGUCGCACGAUACGGCGACGCUGGUCAAUGUCGCCGAUCCGGAUGAUGGCAAGUCAGAGGGAGAGCGGAGGGAACUCGUGAGUCAACGACAGCAAUCGAGAAUGCCAAGAAUGCUACUCAUAGCGAUGUUCAGGACAUCAAGCUCGUCAAGAAGAUGGACUCCUAUCUUGUCCCAUGGCUCUGUCUGACCUACCUCGCCUGCUUCCUCGACAGGACGAACAUCGGUGCGUGAUCUGAAUGAAAAACAAACAGACGAGGCCUAACCCGCGAGCAGGCAACGCACGAUUGGCCGGCAUGGAGAAGGAUCUCGACAUCUCGGGACCACAAUACAACUUCUCCCUGACAAUCUUCUUCAUCUCCUACGCUGGCUUCGAGCCCUUCACCAACUUGAUCCUCAAGCGAGUCACACCGCGGGUCUUCUUCACCGUCAGCGUCUGCGUCUGGGGACUUUGCAUGAUGUGCACGGGCUUGGUCUCGAGCUACUCGGGGCUUCUGGUGGCUCGAUUCUUCCUGGGAAUGUGCGAAGCGGGCCUCUUCCCGGGCGUGCAGUACUACCUCUCGAUGUGGUACAAGCGUUCUGAAGUCGGCCUGCGACUUGCUCUCUUCUUCGCCAUGGCCGCGUUGGCGGGCUCUUUCGGCGGUCUCCUAGCGGCAGCAAUUGCACACAUGGAUGGGGUUGGAGGCAAAUCCGGCUGGGCGUGGUGAGUGAUUUGACGCCCACAAUGAACAGGAAAUGGGCGUGUUGACACAUCCCAGGAUCUUCAUCCUCGAAGGCUCCGGCACCAUGGUCGUCGGCGCUUUCUCUUGGUUUAUGAUUUUCGACUGGCCGGACACCGCACGCUUCCUCGCGCCGGACGAGCGUCUACGCGUGCGCCAUCGUCUUGCCAAGGGCAAUCUCUCAAACCGUGGCUCUGACUAUGACAAGCGACAUGUCACGGAGGCACUCAAGGAUUGGAAGACGUGGGUGUUCGGCGUCAUGGACAUGGGCAACUUCAUGGUCCUAUACGCUUUCAGUCUCUUCCUUCCCACCAUUCUCGAGGGCAUGGGUAAGUGUAGACGGUGUCCACACAUACCGAUAAGCAAGGCUAAAUGACCCUCUUCCCAGGCUACGAAGGCACCCACGCCCAGCUCCUCUCGGUCCCACCAUACGCCGUCGCAGCCCUCAACACCAUCUUCAUCGGCUGGCUCGCUGACCGAACCCGUCAACGGGGCAUCUGCAACAUGUGCCUGACCAGCAUCACCGUCGUCGGCUUCAUCAUGCUCAUCGCUACGGACAACCCUCACAUCCAAUACGCCGGUACCUUCCUCGGCGCUUUCGGCCUGUACCCGACCAUCCCCAACAACAUCUCCUGGGCCGCCAACAACGUCGAAGGCGGCUACAAGCGCGGCGUCGUCCUCGGCAUCAUGGUCGGCCUGGGCAACGUCAACGGUAUCGUCUCGUCGAACAUCUACAUGAAGAAGGAAAAACCGCACUACCGGACCGGCCAUGCAGUUGUCUUGGGAUACCUGAUCAUCCUCCAUUUCGGUGCCACGGCUCUCAUGCGGACGAAGUACGUUGACCCCUUUCUUCCUUCUCACAUGUCUAAUAACAUGCAAGACCGUUUUGACUAAAAAGAACGUUUUCUCUUAGACUUGCCCUGGAGAACAAACGGCGCAGGCAAGGCCUUCGUGACCACAUCCUCGACGGGCUCACCGAGGACGAAAUCGUCGUCAUGGGCGACAAGCGUCCCGACUUCAUGUAUACGCUGUGA